AUGUCGCAAGGCUCUCUAGCUCCGCCUGAAGUAUGGCGGCAUCUCCUCCGAGCGACGCUCCUUGCGAGAAAAUAUAUGUACAAAUAUGUCGUCGACCGUUAUCGCAAAAAGCUGUACGAUACAGCCGCCAAUGACCAGAAACAUAAGCAAUCUCAUCCGUCCUCGAUGCUCCAAAAAAGGCCGAACGCUACUAGUCUUGAAAGACAAAAGAAGCUUCACAAAUCCGCUAGAAAUAUACUGUCGUUCUUACAACGGGGAAAUCAAGGAUACCAACAACCUCUGAAUAAGAUACUGAUGCUUGCAUAUGGACGCAUUGGGCCCAAGAAGUACACUCUGCUCUCUCAUCUACUGCCGAAUACGCGUGGUGAGAAGAAAUCCUUCAAUUCUAGUGCUGAGAUUGAAGAGUAUCUGGAACAAAAGAAGAAAGAACCCGUUGGAGAUGACUGGCAGCUUCCAGAGGUUCUUCAAUCAUUGAUUAAAGCGCAAAGAAACUCUUCUUACGCAAGAUCGGUGCAUGGAAAACGCUUCAGAGCCAGUGAUACCCUGAAUAUACCCAAUUUGAACAGCUGGAUGAAACCCGUGCCCGAGUGUCGUCGCGCAAACAUAAGGAAACGAUUACUUAAUAGAUCAAAGUAUGCGGCUCUUCCGCCACCUGAUCCGAAUGAAUUAAACAUUCUACGAGGGCUCAUAGACGGCACGGAGCCUUGGAAGCCACCCGUUCGACGAGUGAAAGUGGCUCCUGCUGCUGAGCAGUCGUCACUUGAAACAUUGAUAUAUGCGGGACCGCAAGGAGGUUUGAGUUUCAGACAGGCAUACCUCGAUGGAAGGCCUCAUCGCUUGACACGAAGAUUUAUGCGCACCUUAUGGGAGAGAAUUUACAAACUGAUGCCUCGACAAGGCACCAACCUCAAAGGACAGUUGAAGUUCAGCUUUCCAGAGUCUGAGAGCCGACCGAUUGUAUUAACGAUGGGAAAAGAAGAGUUUCAAAACCUUUUUGGUGAUGACGAUCAUGGCCACGAUGCGCAGUCGACGGCAGUAAAUGGUCAACAGAGGGAAUAUUAA